GGUGGUCCCUGCGAGAGCCAGGGCAGCCGUGUGAAGUGGGAAUUCUGCUUUGGUCCAUCCAGGUAGCACAGGGGGAGGCUGGUGAGCCCCGUCUUCCUGCCGCAGGAGACGGGUGCCCUAUUACAGACGCAUGGACGAAGUCACAAGCGUGUGCCCCUUGCCCUAGACCAGGGAUUGGCAAACUGCAGCCCACAGGUCAGAUCUGGCCUGGCGUCUGCUUUUGAACAGCCCACAAACUGAGAAUGGCUUUUACAUUUUUAAAAGGCUGAAAAAAAUCAAAACAUUUCGUGACAUGAAAACUGUAUGACAUUCUAGUUUCGGUGUCCAUGAAUAAAGCCUUGCGGAGCACGGCCACGCUCGUUCAUUCACAUCUGGUCUACGACCAGCAGAGCGGAGGAGCUGGGAGGGACACAGCCCAGAGCGCACAGCGUCGCCUCCCUGGCCCUGCGCAGGCAAAGCGUGCGACCCCGCCGCCGCCACUGGCUGACGCGUCCGCUUCCCGUCUCCUUUGUAGCCGCUCCGUCCGAAUGGCCCACGUCUUCCUGUACGGCACCCUGAAGCGCGGCCAGCCCAACCACCAGGUCAUGCUGGACGGCGCCCACGGCUCCGCCGCCUUCCGCGCACGUGGCCGCACGCUGCAGCCCUACCCGCUGGUCAUCGCUGGUGAGUACAACAUCCCGCGGCUGCUGAACCUGCCUGGCAAGGGCCGCUGCGUGGAGGGCGAGAUCUACGCGGUGGAUGAGCAGAUGCUGCGCUUCCUUGACGACUUCGAAGGCUGCCCAGACAUGUACCAGCGCACCACGGUGACGGUGCGGGUGCUCAAGGACCUGGGUGAGGGUCCCAAGGACACGCUGGCGGCCGACACCACGGUGCAGUGCUUCGUGUACAGCACGGCCACCCACCCGCCCGAGUGGGUCCACCUCCCGUACCACGACAACUACGACUCCGAGGGGCAGCACGGGCUGCGCUACACUCCCAGGGAGGACAGAUGAGGAGGGCAGGGACCGCGCCGCUGCCAGGGGAGAGGCAGGCCUGGGGUGUGGGGUUAGCGCAGUCUGUGCGCACUCAGUGCAAGGGCGUAGCAGCGCCUUUCAGCGGAGUCUUUGUGAACAACUCAAUCUGUGGGAAAAGCAAACAAUCUCUCUUUCAAUGGCAGCUGAUAUUACAAAUUUUGACAUACUUGCAAUUGUCCUCGCAGAUCUUUCUUUCUAAUACUGCUUCACUGCUUGCUGCUUAAAGAGUGUCCUGGGCUAGAACGUACUAGAUAAGAAAAAUUUAGGAUUUGGAUUCCCCUAAAUGGCAUUUGGAGAACUCGUGUUAUCAUACUUUCCUUUCUUCUUCCCCUCCUCUCCCUCCUUUUUGCUUUGCUUUAAUCUGAAGAUAACGUUUAAAAUGAAUGUAAGGGCUUUGUGUGGCGGCUGGAUUUUAGCAGCCCUACUCAACUGAUUCUGUUCCGUAGCACCUAGGAAAAAAAUUUUUUUAAAUAAAAGCUGAUUUUAGGUUGCUCAACAUCAACAUAAUAAAAAGAUCCUCAAGAAAAACAUGCUGUUUUGGAGCAUAUAUAGCAUCUAAUUUUUAGAUCAAGCUUAUA